GAUUUAGUCAUAAAAAUAUUUGACAACCAUGCGCGUUACUUCCGGUUUCCGCAUGGCUCCCGCCCCACUCACAGCCAUCUUGUUUUUUUUUUCCUGAACAAAAAAAAGGUGUGAGACAGAAAAACACUGACGGGGGAGAAGCAUAUUAGACAUUUUUGAAACUUGACGGAAAGGCUGAUGUAGUGAUACAAUACGAUAUGAAAGGAAGGGGAGCAGGCGAGGUGGAAGAAGACCAGCCGCACCCCGUAUACAGCUAACGUUAGCUAGUAGCUAGCCAGCUAAGCUAACUGGCUAGUGGCUCACCAGUUCGGAACGGAUUAAGUAGCUAGUCAGACAGCUAGCUAAGCUAGCUAGCUUCUGCUCAGCCCUACCGAUAGCUAGCCUAUGAAAUUGAGAACAAAUCAAAUUCGUCGUCGGAUGUAUGUGAGAAGGAAAUCGAUGACAAUGCAUCGUACGUCGAUUUGAGAUCCCCCCCUCAUUGAAGAGACCAUCACUAACGUUACUAGUUUUUUUUCUUCCUGUAGCUAGAGCGGGAUCAUAACAAGCCGUGGCCCUGGCUAUGCCCUCGAGUGUGCGGGCGGGCAAUCUAAAGGACCCGGAUGUGGCUGAGCUCUUCUACAGAGAUGACCCCGAGAAGCUUUUCGCUGACCUCCGAGAGAUCGGCCAUGGCAGCUUCGGGGCCGUCUACUUCGCCCGAGAUGUGCGCAACAACGAGGUGGUGGCCAUCAAGAAGAUGUCCUACACUGGCAAGCAGUCCAACGAGAAAUGGCAGGAUAUCAUCAAGGAGGUGAAGUUCCUCCAGAAGCUCCGUCAUCCCAACACCAUCGAGUACAGAGGAUGCUACCUCAGAGAACACACAGCAUGGCUGGUGAUGGAGUACUGUUUAGGCUCCGCCUCCGAUCUUCUGGAAGUUCACAAGAAGCCACUACAGGAGGUGGAAAUAGCUGCUAUUACCCAUGGUGCACUGCUGGGCUUGGCCUAUCUUCACUCCCACAACAUGAUCCACAGGGAUGUGAAGGCAGGGAACAUCCUCCUGACAGAGCCGGGCCAGGUGAAGCUGGGAGACUUUGGCUCUGCCUCCAUUGUUGCCCCCGCCAACUCCUUUGUAGGAACCCCCUACUGGAUGGCUCCGGAAGUGAUCCUAGCGAUGGACGAGGGUCAGUACGACGGCAAGGUGGACGUCUGGUCUCUGGGCAUCACCUGUAUAGAGCUGGCGGAGAGGAAGCCUCCUCUGUUCAAUAUGAAUGCUAUGAGUGCCUUAUACCACAUCGCGCAGAACGAGAGCCCCAUCCUAGCGUCCAAUCACUGGUCUGAUUAUUUCCGUAACUUUGUGGACUCCUGUCUACAGAAGAUUCCCCAGGACAGGCCUAUCUCUGAUGUGUUGCUCAAUCACCGGUUUCUGUGUCGUGAGCGUCCCCUGACGGCGGUGAUGGACCUGAUAGCGAGGACCAAGGACGCAGUGCGGGAGCUGGACAACCUUCAGUACAGGAAGAUGAAGAAGAUCCUCUUCCACGAAGCCCACAACGGACCCACUCCAGAGGGAGGCGAGGAGGAGGAGGAGGUGGAGCAGUACCUGCUGCGCACGGGCACUGUGGGCAGCAUGGAGAGUUCCCAGUCUGUGCCCAGUAUGUCCAUCUCCGCCAGUUCCCAGAGCUCCUCGGUCAACAGCCUGGCGGACGGCUCCGACGACAGCAACGAGAUGGCCAUGAUGACCGAGGGAGAGCACACGGUCACCUCCAACUCCUCCAUUAUACACCGCCCUACAGGUCAGGAUAAUAUCUAUGAUGACCCAUACCAGCCAGAGAUAGACCAGCAGCAGCCCUCGUCAGCCGCCCGCCGCAGGGCCUACUACCGCAACCGGGACCACUUCGCCACCAUCCGCACGGCCUCCCUGGUUACUCGUCAGAUCCAGGAGCACGAGCAGGGCUCAGCGCUGAGGGAGCAGAUGUCUGGCUAUAAGAGGAUGAGGCGGCAGCACCAGAAACAGUUGAUGGGCCUGGAGAACAAGCUGAAGGCUGAGAUGGAUGAGCACCAGCUGAGACUAGACAAAGAGCUGGAGAACCAGAGGAACACCUUCGGAGGAGAGGGGGACAAACUGGGCAAGAAACACCAGGCCAUACUGGAGAAGGAGACCAAGGCAGCCCUAGCUGAGGAGAAGAAGUUCCAGCAGCAUAUCCUGAGCCAGCAGAAGAAAGAGCUGACCGGUCUUCUGGAGUCUCAGAAACGCCAGUACCGCCAGCGCAAGGACCAGCUCAAAGAGGAACUGAAUGAGAACCAGUCGACCCCUAAGCGGGAGAAGCAGGAAUGGCUGGUGCGUCAGAAGGAGUGUCUGCAGCAGCUGCAGGCGGAGGAGGAGGCGGGGCUGCUGAGGAGACAGAGGCAGUAUUACGAGCUGCAGUGUCGCCAGUACAAGAGGAAGAUGCUGCUGGCCCGACACAAUCUGGAACAAGAUCUGCUCAGAGAGGACCUGAACAAGAAGCAGACCCAGAGGGACCUGGAGUGUGCCAUGCUGCUGAGGCACCACGAGUCCACCCAGGAGCUGGAGUUCCGUCAGCUGGGGGCGGUGCAGCGUACGCGGGCCGACCUGAUCCGCACGCAGCACCAGACUGAGCUCACCAACCAGAUGGAGUACAACAAGCGGAGGGAGCAGGAACUCCGGCAGAAACACACCGUGGAGGUCCGCCAGCAGCCCAAGAGCCUCAAGUCCAAGGAGCUCCAGAUCAAGCGUCAGUUCCAGGACACGUGUAAGAUCCAGACGCGUCAGUACAAGGCCCUGAGGAACCACCUGUUGGAGAGCACUCCCAAGGCCGACCACAAGGCGGUGCUCAAGAGGCUGAAGGAGGAGCAGACCAGGAAACUGGCCAUCCUGGCCGAGCAAUACGACCACUCCAUCAACGACAUGCUGUCCACACAGGCUGUGAGUAAGCUGCGAUUGGACGAGACCCAGGAAGCAGAAUACCAGGUGCUGCGGAUGCAGCUGCAGCAGGAGUUGGAGCUGCUGAACGCUUACCAGAGCAAGAUCAAGAUUCACACAGACUCUCAGCACGAGAGAGAAGCCAAGGACCUGGAGCAAAGGGUGUCCAUCCGCAGGGCCCUGCUGGAACAGAGGAUUGAGGAAGAGAUGCUGUCUCUGCAGAACGAGCGUUCAGAGCGUAUCCGUACUCUACUGGAGCGCCAGGCACGGGAAAUCGAGGCAUUUGACUCGGAGAGCAUGCGUCUUGGCUUCAGCAACAUGGCUCUGACGGGCAUCCCCGCCGAGGCCUUCAACCAGGGUUACCCCAAUCCCAGCCCCUCCUCUGGCCCCGGGGGCUGGCCCUCUCGCCCUGUUCCUCGCUCCGGGAGCCACUGGAGCCACGGUGUGCAGAACUCUGUGGCGCCCCCUUCGUGGCGUAGCCAGAACAGCUGCAGCGGUGGAGGAGGUUUCAGCCGUGCCGAGUCGAUCACUUUGUCUCACGGCCUGGGGAGGGAUAGUGAGAUGAACAUGAGUGGUAGAGGCCACUCCUCCAACUCCUCUUCCUCCUCGUCCUCCCACCACCAUCACCAUCACCAGCAGCAGCAGCAGCAGCAACACUACCUGCCCCAGCACUACCACCACCACCAGAGCACGCCACACCUGUACCGAGAGAGCCGCGAGCGCGAGGACCGCGAGAGGGAGAGAGAGUGGGGGGGUGGUGGAGGACACCAACACCAUCACCACGGGGGAGGAGUUCAUCACCACCACCUCUCCCAACACGCCUCAGCCCAGUCCCUGGCUCUCCUGCCACCUCCGCCUCCCCCACCACCUAUCUCCCUCUACUCCUCCUCGCCGCCUUCCUCUUCCUCCUCCUCGUCUUCCCAGGGAGGGGGAUACGGGGGUCUGGUUGCCAGGGGCCCCAGCCUGAUGGCCCUGAGGAACAGCCCCCAGCCCCUGAGGAGGACGGCCUCAGGGGGGCCCGGCGGGGCAGGGGGGGGCGAGGGGGUUCUGAGCCGGAGCACCUCGGUCACCUCACACAUCUCCAACGGCUCCCACCUCUCCUACUCUUAAAGGGGAAGGGCAACGAUAGGCUCCACCCCUCAGUCUUAAAGGGGCGGGGUGAGAGAACAAACCAAGCCUGCCCUUUCUCUGAGGUUGCCUCUGAAACGAUACUCUAACCCUCUCAUAUGAGGAAUAGGGUGUCGUUUGAGAUAUUCCAUGCAGUAAGUGGGGGGGGGGUUGAAUGUCCCUGAUCUCACUUCUUUCUACCAGAUUGUUUGUUCAUGGAGGGGGUGGUACUAAAACAGGUUUACCACCACAAAGGGCAGAGCCAAAGCAGGUCCACCAUUCCUAUUGUUCAAGGUGAUUUUUAUUGUUGGAUGAGGUCAUCUCUCUCACAAAUUCAGGAGAAGGGUUUAGAUGAGGGAGGGGGCGGGGCUAUUAAACAGUAAGGUCAGACAGGCUGGCCACCAGUAGGGGUCAGUUGAGCAGACUAGCUGCUUAGAUUAGACAGACACCUGAGAGUAUAACAAUGUCUGCACAGACGGGAGAGAUACAAGUGGGAGGAAAGCGGUGUUUUUAAAGGGGAGUUUUUAACAGCAAUGGGUUUCUCUGCUGGCAUAAAACUGACAGAAAUUAAUGGAUGUGGAGAUAAAACUGUUCGAAAGAGGGUGCUUUAAAAUACAAUGUAAACUAUGUAAAUAAUGCAGAAACGAACACGCGAAGCAUACUAGGUAAUGAUGGGUCGUAUACUGUCCAUUUUGUGGCGGAGCAAGGAGCUGAACCACGAGAGGCAACUACAGAAACAGUUGUUUUUUUGGGAAUAGGAUUUUCAAAUAUAUUACAGAUGUAACACUGCCAUCCGGUGGCUCGGCUGACCCAACACAACUCUGCCACUGCCGAGCAAUAACUUCCCUGUGAACAUUAUGAAAGCGGGUGUGUGUACAGAGCUCAAUGCUCGCUUAAUUUUUUCACGCUUGACCCAUUCCUGGACUCACAGCCUGGUAGGUGUGUAGAAGUACAUGUGCAUAAAGCAAUUACAGUUCAAUGCAUGAAAGUGCUGUACAGAAAGCAUUGUAUUCAUACGUGUUUAUAGAAAUGCAUAUAAGUAUAUAAUACCUGUCCGAAGUUUUGACAGUAAAAUUGAAGAUUGUUCACUGUCCAACACCUUUGUCCGACAUUGUACUUAGUGUACAUAAAAGCACUCUGAAACGCUGGUAGAGUAAUAAUAAUGAUCAUUUUGCCAUGUGAAUAGAAAUUGGAAAAUAGUUUUGAGGGAAAAUAGAUAUGGUUGCUAUUAUUAUUAUUAUUACUAGAGCAGUUGUAAUGUUUGUUGUACACUAAUUUUUAUUUUUUAAAUGUUGUUUUAAAAAAAAGUUUUAAUUGCCAAUUUUGACCACUAGGUGGGGAGUAAGAGCAAUGUUACUGUUAUGGAGCGCUAUGGAAAGAAUGCAAUUGUUUUUAUUAUUUUUUAAAAAGGAGAAAAACGACUUCCUUUCCCCAAGCAUUCCCUCUAUGGUCUCAGGGUCGGAGUCUACUGGGCAGUGCAUUACCACGAAAGGUGGUGGUGUUAUAGAGCCAGUAUUAAAUGUGGACGGGCCGUUCAUGUUUUUAGCUGUGUGUGUGUGUGUGUGUGUGUGUGUGUGUGUGUGUGUGUGUGUGUGUGUGUGUGUGUGUGUGUGUGUGUGUGUGUGUGUGUGUGUGUGUGUGUGUGUGUGUGUGUGUGUGUGUGUGUGUGUGUGUGUGUGUGUGUGUGUGUGAAUAUAUUGAAUUCUAGACUAAAGUCAGCCUCUACUCCAGCACGUUUUGUGCCAUAUUGUACCUCUCUUCUUGUGGUUCAUGUUGACACGGACCAGCCAAGCUUGUUGAUUGUACACUACAGUACUCAUCCUAUACACUACUACACCCCACCAAAAAUACUCCGAAUUUGUUUUUGGCCUUUAAAGAUAGAUCCAUAUAUAACAGCCAAGAACAAGCAAGUGCAUACAUUUUGAAAUAGCUUGGUGUGAAUGUCAUUGUGUCCUUCCUUUCCUUCCUUCCGCCUUCCUUUUUGGAAGAUAUUUCUGGAUAGAACAGGAUUUGGAUUGAAGCGAAGUGUCUCCGCUUUUUAUGCUUUCACCUUCCCCACUCAUCCGUAGUCAAGUAGUAGAAAGGAUGAGCUAUUUGAAAGUAUUCUAACCGAGCCCAGGAUCUCUUGUGUAGAGAAUCAUCUACUUUUGGCUCCAAAAACUCACACUGCCAAAUCUGAACAGCACCAACAUUACAACGAAAUGGUGGGGUGGGAAAACAUUGGGUCUCCAGUGGUGCAUUUCAAUAC